AUGAAGCUACACUUUUUCUGCGGGCCUUUGUCCGCAACACUUCUUGUCUUGUUGUUGUUGUUGUUUCUACUGCAGGCCAGAACCGCAGUCUCUAUUCCCACGCCGGUGAAUGUCACUACCGACGCCUCUCUUCCCCUUGCUAAGCGAGGCUGCUUCCUCAGCAAACAGGACACGGACGAUCUUCCUGUCUGCACCACGCUGAGUGUCCAGUAUUUCAACGAGUUGAUCGCGGAUUACAACUUUUUACCCCAAAGAGACUGUCUGUUCUACCUUGGUCUUGGAGGGGGUAAGGGCCAACAGCUAGCGAAACAGUGGUACUGCCAGAAGCGCAGCUUUGGACGGGGAGCGGUCUCUUGGGAUACCGCACUUCCCCAAAAACUUCACAGUGACAUGUUCAUGAAAUACGCCGGCAAGAAAGGGCCGAAGAUCGGAGAUCCAUCCCAGGAAGACGAUCUGUUUGGCAUCAGUGCAAGUCUCUUGUCACAGGCGAUGGGCGAAAGCUGCAACGGAAAUGUGUACUUCUUCACCCCCACCGCCAAUGAUGGAAGCGAUCCAAUCACCAACGUGUGGUAUCAAUUUGAAUACCCGGCCUUGACACGCGAUUCCGCGGCCCGGUCUUCCCCCGUCCUAUCCAUUCUCAAGGUUGAUCCUACCCUCACCGACGCCGAUGGGAACUUUCUCGAUGAAGGAACAGUCAUGUGGACCCCGGCCCACGGCCCCAGCCCGAAUGCCCCGCUUGGCGAUGGGUAUUCCUUCACUUAUCAGGGAACAAUGCCUACCAUCACCACCACUGACGGGUAUGCCUUUACCAACUGUGGCCCCUUGACAACGACUUUCACGGCCCCCGCCAGUUGCGCUACUGCUACGGGGAACUAUCUGAUUGGACUUAACACGACAGCUCCUGUCUGGGAAUAUGCGGUGCAGUGCUCCACGCUGGGCUACACCGGCUGCAUCCCCACGGGGACCGCAUCCCUCCCGACUACUCUCAAUGACAACCCGAAUACAAUUGCGACUCAGGUAUAUUUCUCCCCUGGUCUGUACUGCCCUGCUGGAUGGGCUACGAGGGGUGUCGCGGUCCGCGAUGCCAACAAUGGCCUCAGCGCAUCGGGCAUCCUAAGUGCCCGUCCCACUCCCACUCCCACAGUUUCGAUCCCAACUGCGGCCCCCCAGUGGGAAAACCCGGCGACGCUGUUGAUGGGUCUCUUGGACCCGAGUGAGACUCUUGUGAUGUGUUGCCCAGAGAUCACAGAGGGCUGCCGGCGCGAGAUGCCCGCGUCGGAUGUUGGCGUAUCAACCGAGACCACCGUCGUGGGAGGGACGACGUCCAAGCACGUCGAGAAUAUCAUCGUCGCUACGCAGCCGAUUAGCGUCGUGUCGACAACGUUCAGUCCGUCGGAAACCUCUAAGCUCGUUGCUGUGUCGGUAUUGCCGAUGCUCUCGCUUGUGCAUCACCAGUCCGACCUCCCGACUGCUGCAGCCAGCAAGACUGCGGCGGCUUCGAGUUCCGCCGCAAGAGCUGCUCCGAACGCUGUGACCUGGGGUGGAUUAGGUGCUUUGUUCGGUGUAUGUUCAGUGGUGUUACGUGCUGUUUUGUUCUGA